AUGUUCGUAGAAUGGUCAUCAGCCCGUUUCCUCGGGAUAAUGUCGGUAAUUGUGCAGGUGACCGCGGUUUGGAAAUCUCAGAAGCUUGAUAUCAGGAUCAGACGUACUCCUCAUAGAAUGGGAGACGAAAAUCUUAUGGCAAGUCUGAGCGCAGUGGUAGAAAGAAUCAAGAGCGAAAGGAUCAUUCGGAAGCUCGGUCCGACUCGGCGUGGCAAUUUUAUUUUUCAUCAUUGUUAUCCACCACCGUCACCUGUACUAUCAGUUCCCGCCGCAUUCUUUUGGAAAAGCGCCAAAAGACGGAAGGACAAGGCGGCUGAUUUCACCAAAGCGAAGUUGAAACUGGGAAAGGGUAAACAGGUUGCCAGCAAUGCCAUAGACACGUCGUUCAAGGCUCGUUCGAUUGCCUUGCCGUCUCAGAGCAUUACCAAGGACAGAGACGAUGAUACACCGACGACGAGACGACGUUUAACGUUGGACGAACUCGUGGCGCAUACUAAACACUACGGCGCUGCAACUCGUAAAGAUGCACUUGCAGGGUUUCGAGAGUUGUUUGAAACGCACUCCCAUAUUAUAAAUGAAUCACUGACAGCACUGUUCAAUACAUGUGUACGAUUGAUCGGGGACGAGGAUGCCGGAGAACAACUGAUUCCACAUGCACCGACGCUCCUACUUUUCACUUCCUCCGCGCAAACCCAUAUUUUCCCCGAAAUUCGUAUUGACGCCAUCAAAAUUUUAGACUUGCUCUUGAUAUAUAUUCCGGAGCCAGUCAUUUCUGGAUGGAAUCAAGGUGGCGACAAGCAUGGGUCAAGGGUCUUGGAAGGGUAUCUCGGUUUGUUGAACGCGGGAACGAAGUUCGGGGAAAAUGACGGGCCCGUCAGAGCAACGUCAACCGCUAGCGUCGUACUCACUGCAACUUCGAAGCUAGUAGUAUUACGAUCUUUUGCGACAUUUUUGCGUCAAGCUCUCUCCCUAACAUCACAUAUUAAUCCCCGGUGGUAUCUUGCAUCUUCAUUUGAUUCACCCGCUUCGUACGGAGCGUUUGAUCAGUUGUUUCGACUUUCCUCUUGCCAAGAUCAAGUGUUUGACUGUCGGGAGUGGCGUGAUGAAUGCGACGACGGGGAUGAAGAUUUCGUACUCAAUGAGCCCAGACCAUCAUCAAUGUUAUCGAUGGGCGGCCAUCAGUACUUGCCUGAUGUGCUCAACAUGUCCGAAGAUUUCUCGGGUUCGCAUGCACCUGGGAACAUCACGUUCAUCAGCAAUCUAGCCCGAGCUUUGCAAUCAACGCUUGUAUCUACCUUUUUAGAUUACGCCCCCGCUGUGUUUUCUCCUAGUUCCAAUCCUCAAGAGGUUGAACUUGAUCUAAUUCUUGCGGUUUCGGACAGUGUUCGUAGCAUAUAUGGGGAAAUUUCCCAUAUUCCAGACGCGAAAAACUCCUCGUUGCUGGAGAACUUGACGAGUAUACUUGGUUACAUGACUCCGUUUUUCCCAUUUCGGCCUGGAGGAAAACGCGAUAUCAAGAUUGAACAAGCCUUUCAAGACCUCAAUCUCGUCUACUGUGAACUUAGUUCGCUUCUCGUUUUGACGUCUCGAGACGCUGGGUCGCCACUACGGUCGCGACAGCAACGACCGAGUAAAACUAAUAGCACAAAGCUGUCAAUGCAGAACGACAUAGUGUGCGACUAUGUUCUUCGGGAACUAUCCGGUAGCAAUGUAUCAUCAAGCCAAGUAGCGCGUUCGUUGACUUCCGCAGCUUACACUUCGUUGACGCCUACGAUGUGGUCACUGAUCAAUUGUCCUUCCCAAUCAUCAAGUGCUGUUUUCGGGGCCAUUCUUGAGCAUGGAACAGUCGUUUCGGCGAAGUCUGCCCUUAAGAAGCCUACGGUCGAUUUUAUAUCGCGAUUAAUACUCAUGAACACUGAUCGCCAUUAUCGAGGCCACUUUAAGAUUGGCCAAAUAUCACAACAUGCAAAACUUGUUGAUUGGAUAGAAGCACUGCCCAAAACCCUCUGGGAACUCGGAAACACUGAUCUUGCAUUAUCGGAGACUAUCUUGCGAUUCUUGCUUCGACUGCUCCAACGCCAGCCAGAAGUAUUGCAUGAGAAGAUGAGCAGGUCACUGCGCUCCAGAUUUGUGCCAUAUUUCGUCGUUGAGCAUCCGGUUCGCGGUCAAAUUCCCGGGCCAUUUACUAAGCUUCCUCAUGGGUCAACAACGAGGCGUUUAGCACUAGACGUCGUUGCAACCAUGCAAUCGGCGAGUUUUACAAAGGAUAAAUUGUGUUUAUCGGUGAGCAUUGCAGUCAAAGACACGAUGGAGGGUCCAUAUUGGACUUUGGUCAAUCUAUGA